AUGCAUUCAAUAUUAAGCGGUUAUUCAAAUCGUGAACAAUAUUUGUACAAGAUUAUAAGAGCUUGGUGUUAUAUAGGAGAAACUGGAAGAAGAAUCAAUAAAAUUAGUGAUUAUUGUCUCAUUUUCUAUUACUGGUUAGGGAAAAUAUUAAUAGACGAACUCAAAGUCAAUUCAUUCCAGGACACAAUGGGAAGAAUCUAUAAUGCGCUUGCCACAGUGCAUCCUAUACAUGAGUGCAAGAUUAUAUAUUCUGAUAUUACCCAGGAACAAUUUAAGCAUUUGGAAAAAUUAGCCUGCUACGAUCUUGAUAAGGCUAACAUAGAGAAAGGAAUAGGGGACACAAAAUGUCAGACCUAUAGGGGCAGAUACAGACAAUGCCUGCAGAAUGUUGAGGAGGCCUAUAAUAGUAUGAAGGAAGAAUGUGCCUAUAAUAAUGAUGAGGGUUAUUGUACAAAAUUCCAGGAAAAUCUCCACAGGGACGGUCACUUCCAGAACCAGAACAACAACCACCACCACCCGAACCAGCACGACCAGAAGGUCCUAAAGAGGGUGAAGCCGUUGUUCUCCCUGCUACAGGUAGUCAGGAAGCUGCUCCAGAAGGUGCUUCCAGACAAGAUGCUUCUCCUCCACCUGGUCGAAAGGCUGCUGAAUCACCUGAUCAGAAGCAUACUGCUGCUGAGGACACGGUACAAAUUGAUCCACAGAAACCUAGAACAGAUCUCUCAUUAA